AUGCCGGUGAUGAGGGGUCUGCUGGCCCCGCAGAACACCUUCCUGGACACUAUCGCCACCCGCUUCGAUGGUACCCACAGUAACUUUGUCCUGGGUAACGCCCAGGUACAGUCCCUCUACCCCAUCGUCUACUGUUCUGACGGCUUCUGUGAGCUGACCGGCUACGCCCGCGCCGAACUGAUGCAGAAGAGCUGCGCAUGUCAUUUCCUGUACGGGCCGGAGACCAGCGACCAGCUGACGGCGAAGAUCCAGGGGGCAUUGGACGACAGGGGGGAAUUUAAGAGUGAGCUGGUGUUCUACAAGAAGGGAGGUACCCAGUUCUGGUGUCUGCUGGACAUCGUGCCAAUUAAGAAUGAGAAGGGAGAGGUGGUGCUGUUUCUGGUGUCCCACAAGGACAUCACUGACAACAAGAAGGACCAGGACCCAGAGGAUAGAAAGAGGGAUAAAGAGAGGGAUAAAGAGAGGGAUGGAGCAGGCUUCAACACCAACCGCAGACGCAGCCGGGCGGUGCUCUACCACCUGUCUGGACACCUGCAGAAACAGGACAAGAGCAAGAUCAAACUCAACAACAACAUGUUUGGGGACAAGCCGCCCAUCCCAGAGUACAAGGUCGCAGCCAUUCAGAAGUCCCGAUUCAUCCUGCUCCACUACGGGACCUUCAAGGCAGGCUGGGAUUGGCUAAUUCUGCUGGCUACCUUCUAUGUGGCAGUCACGGUGCCCUAUAAUGUGUGUUUCACUGUGGUGGGGGGGCGGGACGAAGGGAGCUCUGCCCCCCGCAGCCCCCCCAGUGUGAGUGACAUCCUAGUGGAGAUCCUCUUCAUGCUAGAUAUUGCAUUGAACUUCCGGACGACCUUUGUGAGCACGUCAGGCCAGGUGGUGUACGAUGCCCGCUCCAUAUGUGUGCACUACGUCACCACCUGGCUGUUUGUUGACCUCAUCGCUGCCUUGCCCUUUGACCUGCUCUAUGCCUUUAACGUCAGCGUGUACUUUGGGGUCCACCUGCUGAAGACAGUGCGGUUGCUGCGUCUGCUGAGGCUGCUACAGAAGCUGGAGCGUUACUCCCAGUACAGUGCUGUAGUCCUCACCCUGCUCAUGUCCAUGUUCGCCCUGCUGGCCCACUGGAUGGCCUGCAUCUGGUACUUCAUCGGACGCAGAGAGAUCGAAAACAGCCCCAACUCCUGGGACAUCGGUUGGCUACACGAGUUGGGAAAGCGUCUGGGCACCCCUUACUUUGGAGGGAUGCUGGGUGGGGGUCCAUCAGUGAGGAGCUCCUACGUGACAUCGCUGUACUUCGCUCUCAGCAGUCUGACCAGCGUGGGCUUCGGAAACGUCUCAGCCAACACUGACUCUGAGAAGAUCUUCUCCAUCUGCACCAUGCUCAUAGGAGCCCUGAUGCAUGCGGUGGUGUUUGGUAACGUGACCGCCAUCAUUCAGAGGAUGUACUCUCGGCGCUCCCUCUACCACACCCGUACCAAGGACCUGAAGGACUUCAUCAGGGUCCACCGCCUGCCCAAGGCCCUGGAGCAACGCAUGCUGGAGUGCUUCCAGACAACCUGGUCUGUUAACAACGGCAUCGACGUCAGCGAGUUGUUGAAGGACUUCCCAGACGAGUUGAGGGCGGACAUCGCCAUGCACCUGAAUAAGGAGCUGCUGCAGCUGCCGCUGUUUGAGUCGGCCAGUAGGGGAUGUCUGCGCUCCCUGUCCCUCAUCAUCAAGACGUCGUUUUGCGCCCCGGGAGAGUUCCUCAUCCGCCAGGGAGACGCCCUGCAGGCCAUCUACUUUGUCUGCUCCGGGUCCAUGGAGGUGCUGAAGGACAACACUGUGCUGGCUAUACUGGGGAAAGGGGACUUGAUCGGCAGUGAUUCUCUGACCAAGGAGCAGGUGAUUAAGACCAAUGCCAACGUGAAGGCCCUGACCUACUGUGACCUGCAGUACAUCAGUCUGAAGGGGCUGAGGGAGGUGCUGAGGCUCUACCCAGAGUAUGCUCAGAAGUUCAUCUCCGAGAUACAACACGACCUCACAUACAAUCUCAGAGAGGGCCACGGAGCUGACGUGGACUGGGAGAGUAACGGAGGCCUGGUGAAGAAGCUUUCAUCCAUUAAGGAGGAUGAGGAGGGUGAUGAAGAACAGAGCUCUGUAUCGUGUGCCCACCGUUCCCCUUUACGUCUCACCAGGGUUCUUAACUCGCCCCUGCGCUCCCCCCUGCUGCCCCCUCGGCCCUUCCGCCCCCCCUCAGAACACACCCGCCCCGCCACCCUGCAGAUACCCGUGGUCAGCUUCAGCAGCGCACCGCCGGAGCUUAGUCCCAGGUUUGUGGAUGGUAUUGAGACAGAGAGAAAUGUGAACUCAACCCAGAAGUUUGAGUUUAGCUCCAGUCUUCUACACAGUGGUCCACCAUCCCCAGGACUAGGGAUCCAGGAGCAGUCAGAGAUCAAACAGAGUGUCUCUAAGCUGAGUGACGAGAUGAGCAGUCUCUCCCAACAAGUCUCUCAGCUCAGCCAGGAACUACAGGAAAUGACCCGCCUGCUCCGGCCCCUCCUCCUCGUGGCGCCUCAGCCAAUCCUGACAGCCAUGACGCCCAUCCUGACUCCACCCCCCAGCAGUGCCAGCCAACUGUCCUCCAGGACACCUCUGGUGGUCCCACCUCCAGCCCCGCCCUGCUCCCCACAACCCCACCCCCGGCGAACGCAGUCCUGCUCACUAUUGGACGUGGACAGUGCUGACACAGGGAGGGUGGACCUGCCAGGUUGCCUCCUCCCCACCCCCCCUCUACAGAGGCCUCCAGCCCAGGCCCAGGCCCAUUCUCCAAUCUCCCCAGGGAGAUGUUCCAAGGACUUACUCCACUCCAACCCCCCUUCCCCUGGGAGAGGAGACACAGAGGGGCCCACCCACCUCUCCAACGGUUCUAACCACUCCAACCUCCCGGUCUCUAGCAACGGGUUCUUCCCUGUCCAGGACCGUCCUCCCCUUGCCUCCCGCACCCCGUCCCCCUCCCUUUCCUUCUCACUGUCUCUCUCCUCCUCACCCUCCUGCUCUCCCUGCCAGAGACCCCACCAUUCUCGACCAGGCAGCCACAGUAGCCACAGCAGGGGCCUGCUCCCCCCGCCUCCCUCCCAGGACACCCCGCCCCCACCUUCCUCCCAUUGCUCUGCUCCCCCGUCACUCAUCUCCUCGCCUGGAGACCAUAGGCUGAGGGUGGUCAGCCCCUCCUUUUCCUCCUCCACUAACCUCAUCCCUCCCACGUCCUGUCUUAACCCCUCGCCCUUCUUCCCGGGGCCGUUCUCCCUGGACUCUCUGAGGUUGGAGACGCAGGGGGGCCCCAGGCUGGAGGCAGGACACCUGGAGCUUGAGAUGCAGGAGUGGGGAGGGGAGAGGGGGGAGGGAUGCUCCCAAAUGAUGGAACACAUCAGCUACAUUGACGAGGAAGGGCCAGCUCUGUGA